AUGCCAGAGAAAUACAUCCAAUAUACGCGUACUGAUAGAGAAAAGGAUAUCAAGACAAAUUACAUUGGUGGGAAAAUCUUGAGCUGCAGCGAUGAGUUCUUUGCCGAAGCAGAAAACUUGAUAAAGAGAGAAAAACCCGUGCGAGAUCCAUCCAGAUUUACGGAUCGAGGUGCUUGGUACGACGGGUGGGAAACCCGUCGACAUAAUAAAAGUUACGAUUGGGUCAUCAUCAAACUCGCUUUUGCUGGAACAAUUGAGGCGUUUGAUAUUGACACAUCGUAUUUUAAUGGCAAUCACCCUCCGGCCGCUAAUGUCGAAGGGUGUCAUUCUCCAGACAAAGAUCCAGAGCCCGGCGAUGAUACUUUCUGGGAUGAGAUACUGCCGCAAGUCGACCUAGGCCCUAGCGCAUCACAUUAUUUCAGAGUUCAAAACAACCGACAAUUCUAUACUCAUGUCAAACUGAACAUAUACCCAGACGGUGGUGUCGCUCGUUUUCGAGUUUAUGGGAACGUACGACCCAUUUGGCCGUCCGACAAAACUGCCUCCAUUGAUCUGGCGUUUAUUGGUAACGGAGGCAAAGUCGUCUCAUGUAGCGACCAACAUUUCGGUGCAAAGGACAAUAUAUUACUCCCAGGUCGUGGGAAGGACAUGAGUGAUGGAUGGGAGACAAAAAGGUCCAGGGAGCCUGGACAUUGCGACUGGAUUAUUGUUCGGCUCGGGGCUCCGGGGUAUUUGAAAGAUGCUGAGAUUGAUACGGCGUAUUUCAAAGGAAAUUUUCCAGAUAGUGUUAUGCUUGAUGGGUGUUUCUCGGAUUUGGAAAUUCCUGAUGACACGACCGAAUGGGAAAACAUUCUACCGCGAUCCAAAUUAGGACCAGAUAAGCAAUAUCACUUUCGGCUGAAGAAAACUCAUUGGCAAUUCAGUCAUGUUAAAAUGACUAUGUAUCCCGAUGGCGGUAUCAAACGGCUGCGUCUCUUUGGUCAACUUGCGUUGUCGUUGGCGAACAAUAACGGCGAAACAAACGGACAUUCGAUUGGCACACACAACACCUCUCCGUCUUACGCGAUUGUCGCCGCACCACUGACAAAUGAGCAAUUUGCAGCAUACGGACAAGUGAUAGAGGCAUUUGCCGAACCAAACCUUAAUUCCCCAUUCGCAAUGUCAAUUACGCAUGGUAUUCGAGUGACCCCUGCAAAUCAGGGGACAGCUCGCAAAUACAAUCAUAUAGCGAAAGCGGUGAACUUUCGACAAUCCACUAUAACACAGGACGGGAAGCUCAUAGCAAAGGCUGAGCAGAAUAUUUGUCUGUAUCAUUGCCAACCGACGACCGAGUUUCCGUUUGAAGUGAAAUUACUGGAACGUCAUUUAUACUCUUCUCAGGCAUUCGUUCCACUAUCAAGUGGAAUGAACGAGGGGUAUUUAGUGAUUGUUUGUUUAAACGGGCAAGAUAACAAGCCAGAUUUGUCAACUCUACGAGCCUUUAUCGGGUCCUCUGAACAAGGCAUUAAUUAUAAUCCUGGUGUCUGGCAUCACCCCAUGAUUGCCUUGAAACAAGUUACGGACUUCGUUUGUUUUGUCUACGAAUCUGGUGUUCCGGAGGAGGACUGUGAAGAGGUUGCACUAGACGAUAAUGUUACUGUCUUCCGAUUUUGCAGGAGCAAAUGUCACGCUGCAUUCAAACAUAAACGCAAUCCACGCAAAGUUCGAUGGACUAAAGCGUUUAGGAAAGCAUUCGGAAAGGAAAUGACAAUUGAUUCCACAUUUGAGUUUGAAAAACGACGUAAUGUGCCAGUUCGUUAUGACCGUGAUCUUAUGGCAACAACACUAAAGGCAAUGAAGAAAGUUGCCGAGAUCAGAGCACGACGUGAACGGGCAUUUUACAAGAACAGAAUGGCUGGAAAGAAGGAGCGUGAAAAGGCAGACAAUUUACGCGAAGUACAACGGCAUAUUGAGCUUAUCAAAGCCCCUUCUGCUAGAGUUAAAGCACGGGUUGUUAGAAUUACCGAACCAACGCAGCAACAAAUGGAUUUGGAUUCUUAA